AUGUCAGACAGGGAGCUGCAGUUUCUGGACGUCAGGGUGUAUCUGCAGGAUGGGGUACUUAAAACUGAUCUCUUUCAGAAACCCACUGACAAAAAUACACUGUUGAUGUAUGAUAGUAAUCAUCCACACAAGAUGGUUGACUCGCUGCCAUGGAGCCAGUUGUUGCGGGUACACCGGGUUGUGUCGGUGGAUGAAACUUUUGAAAAACGUAUUGAUGAGAUGUGUAGGAAGUUUACAAACAGGGGAUAUCCCAAGAAGUUGAUUGGACGCACUAGGAACAGGAUUAGAAACACGGAGCGCAAGGAGACUUUAAAUGGGAGUUCCCACAGCAGAAUUGAGACGAGGAUCCCUUUUGUAUCAAUCUAUGGUGAAGAUAGUGGUGAAGACUUGAUGAAAGGCUCAGACAGACGUCUACGUUUAUCUCCUUCUUAUGUAUUAGAAGAUAAUCCAUCACAGGUUGGCAAUAAUAGAACUGGACAAAGAAAGGGAAAGAUGUUUGCAAGUUCUGAGACUCUAUCUAUAUACAAGAAAAAUCACAAAGAUGAAAGUCCAAUUAUAGUUUCAGAAUGUGAUGAAACUAUUCCAGAGAAAGCAAGUCUUGUUGAACAGCAGAGAAUUGAUACAUCAGAGAGUCAGUUUUUAUGUCUGAAAUGCAGGAAGUUGUUCAAACUUAAACAACAUCUUGAGAAACAUGAGAAAACUCACACAGUGGAGAAGCCAUAUCCAUGCUCAGAAUGUGAGAUAUGUUUUAAGUGGAAAUCACAUCUCGCUAAACAUCGGAGAACUCACACAGCGGAGAGGCCAUUUCCAUGUCCUGAGUCUGAUAAAUCAAAUCUUGUGAAACAUCAGAGGAUUCACACAGGGCAAAAGCCAUUUUCAUGUCCUGAAUGUGAGAAAUGUUUCACUGAUAAAUCAAAUCUUGUAAAACAUCAGAGGAUUCACACAGGAGAAAAGCCAUUUUCAUGUCCUGAAUGUGAGAAAUGUUUCCGUCUGAAAUCAAGUCUUGUGAAACAUCAGAGGAUUCACACAUGGGAGAGGCCAUUUUCGUGUUCAGAAUGUGGGGGUAGUUUUAAGCAGAAAUCACAUCUUGCUAAUCAUCAGAGAACUCACACAGGAGAGAAGCCAUUUUCAUGUUCUGAAUGUGAGAAGGGUUUCACUGAAAAAGCAAGUCUUGUUACUCAUCAGAGAAUUCACACAGGAGAGAAACCAUUUUCAUGUCCUGAAUGUGAGAAAUGUUUCACUGAGAAAUCAAGUCUUGUGAAACAUCAGAGGAUUCACACAGGAGAAAAGCCAUUUUCAUGUCCUGAAUGUGAGAAAUGUUUCACUGAUACAUCAAAUCUUGUGAAACAUCAGAGAACUCACACAGAAGAGAAGCCAUUUUCAUGUUCUGAAUGUGAGAAGGGUUUCACUGAAAAAGCAAAUCUUGUUAAUCAUCAGAGAAUUCACACAGGAGAGAAGCCAUUUUCAUGUUCUGAAUGUGAGAAGUGUUUCACUGAUAAAGCAAGUCUUGUUAAUCAUCAGAGAAUUCACACAGGAGAGAAGCCAUUUUCAUGUUCGGAUAUACAAUCCUGCAAGGAAUCCCUGGCAAUGUUUAACACAAAUGUGGAUUUUAUAACUAUGGAGGAGAAGAUGAAAGCAUCGAUUAACCAGCUGGAGGACUCUAUUAUGGAAUAUAAACAUACCAAGUUCCAACGCAAUCUCCACGAGUAUAUGAAUGACCAGAAGAUAAUCCAUCACAGUUUGGCAAUAAUAGAACUGGACAUAGACGGAGAGAUGUUUGAGAAUCUAUCUGAGAAUCUAUCUAUAUACAAGAAAAAUCCCAAAGAUGAAAGUCCAUUUAUAGAUUCAGAAUGUGAUAAAACUAUUCCAGAGAAAGCAAGUCUUGUUGAACAGCAGAGAAUUCACACAGAAAAUCAGUUUUCAUGUUUGAAAUGCGGGAAGUUGUUCAAAUGUAAACAACAUCUUGAGAAACAUGAGAGAACUCACACAGUAGAGAAGCCAUAUCCAUGCUCAGAAUGUGAGAAAUGUUUUACUCAAAAAGCACGUCUUGUUGAACAUCUCAGAAUUCACACAGGAGAGAAGCCAUUUUCAUGUUCAGAAUGCAGGGAUUGUUUUAAGCUGAAAUCACAUCUCGCUAUACAUCAGAGAACUCACACAGGGCAGAGGCCAUUUUCGUGUUCAGAAUGUAAAGACUGGAUGAGAGGCUUCCAUAGAUGUCUAAUUUUAUCUCCUUCUUAUAAAGUAGAAGAUAAUCAAUCACAGAUUGUCAAUAAUAGAACUGGACCUAGACUGGGUGAAAUGUCUGUGAGAUCUGAAUGUGAGAAAAAUUUUGAAAAUGAAUUGUACCUUUAUAUGCACGAGAACAUUCACAAAGAUGAAAGACCAUAUCCAUGUUCAGAAUAUGAAACAACUUUUAAUACGAAAGCACAGCUUGCUGAACAACACAGAAUUCACACAGGAGAGAAGCCAUUUUCAUGUCCUGAAUACCGUUACUGGAAUGCCAAGUAA